UAUUUUUUAUUAAAAAAACAUUAUUAUUCAUUCUCAAACGAAAUCGAAUCUUUCCCAACAUAAACACUAAACAGUGCAGAAAAACCCUCUCCCAGUUUGUGUUAUCCAUUGUUUAUCGAAGAACCAAAGGACCCAACUUCAAUUCAACAACACACCCUUCUCACUUCCCUUUCUAUAUUCAAUGGUACCCAAUUCUUAAAAAUAUGAACUUUUCUGGUACCAUAACAAAACCCAAUUUCCCAUUUCCCCCAACAGAAAUGCCAAUUCUAACAUUUGGUCAUUCUAAGUUAACUGCUGCUACACUAGCUCUUCAAUUGCCAUGUAAUUAUAUUAGGAAGAUAAGGUUUAUUACAAAGCUUCAAUGUUCUGUUGCUGGUAGGACGGAUAGUUAUAGGACCAGUGCUGCUGAUUCGCAGGGAUCCAAACGGGACUCUGGCGAAAUUCAAAGGAAACGGAGAGGGGCAUCAUCUUUGUAUGCUGGUUAUGCUCGUCCGAGUUUAUCUGAAAUGAAGAAAGAUAAAGCGACGUUGCGCAAAGUUGUUUAUGAGUUCUUGCGAGGAAUCGGCAUUGUUCCUGAUGAGCUGGAUGGUCUUGAACUUCCUGUUACUGUUGAUGUUAUGAAGGAGCGUGUUGAUUUUCUUCAUAGUUUGGGGCUUACGAUUGAAGACAUUAACAACUAUCCUCUUGUAUUGGGAUGUAGUGUCAAGAAGAAUAUGGUUCCUGUGCUUGAUUACCUUGGUAAAUUGGGAGUAAGGAAAUCCACGAUCACGCAGUUUUUGCGGACAUAUCCACAAGUGCUUCAUGCUAGUGUGGUUGUGGAUCUUGUGCCGGUGGUCAAGUAUCUUCAGGGGAUGGAUAUCAAGCCGGAUGAUAUUCCUCGUGUUCUUGAGAGGUAUCCUGAAGUGUUGGGAUUCAAACUUGAGGGAACCAUGAGUACAUCUGUUGCUUAUUUGAUUGGAAUCGGUGUUGGAAGAAGAGAACUCGGAGGUAUCUUAACUAGAUUCCCGGAGAUUUUGGGGAUGCGGGUUGGUAGAGUCAUCAAGCCUUUUGUGGAGUAUCUGGAAAGCUUGGGUAUUCCAAGGCUAGCUAUUGCUAGACUGAUAGAGACACAACCUUAUAUUCUUGGAUUCGAUUUGGACGAGAAAGUGAAGCCAAACGUCAAAUCCCUCGAAGAGUUUAAUGUUCGGGAGACAUCGCUUGCCUCUAUAAUUGCUCAGUAUCCUGACAUCAUUGGAACCGACCUAGAGCCAAAGCUUGCAGAUAAGAGAAGUGUGCUCAAUUCUGUGCUUGAUUUGGAUGCUGAGGAUUUCGGCUUAAUCAUUGAGAAGAUGCCGCAGGUAGUUAGCCUCAGUAGCACUCCUAUGCUAAAGCACGUUGAUUUUCUUAAGGAUUGUGGGUUUUCUGUGGAUCAAAUGAGGAAGAUGAUUGUUGGGUGCCCUCAACUACUUGCUUUAAACAUUGAUAUCAUGAAACUUAGCUUCGAUUACUUCCAAAGUGAGAUGGAAAGGCCUUUGGAAGAUUUGGUUGAAUUCCCAGCAUUCUUCACUUAUGGUUUGGAGUCAACUAUAAAACCUAGGCAUAACAUGGUUACUAAGAAAGGACUGAAGUGUUCUCUGGCAUGGAUGCUUAAUUGCUCUGAUGAGAAAUUUGAGCAACGAAUGGACUAUGACACUAUCGAUAUGGAAGAGAUGGAAAUGGAACCAUCAUUUGACAUGAAUUCAUUGAUGCGACCAAGGAGCGAUGAAUCAGAUUCUGAUUAUGAAGACAGUGAUUAUGAGGAUGAUGAUGAUGAGUAAAAUGAUUACCAUACUUUAGUAACUAGUGUCUUCCUGGGGGAAUUUUGAUCUUCUCUUGGAUGAUCUUUAUACUGAUAGUUUCAAUGCUGUAAUGUACCAUUGUAAAGGUAUAUGAUUCAUUUCCAAAUAUUUGCAUCCUAAUUUUUUUUGUUUAUGCGAUAUGGUGCUGUGUUAGCCUUCUAUUGUUUUAAGAUUUUUACAUGUUAUUCAGUUUUAGUCUUUUAGACUAA